CUGGAGUGAGUAACUGCAAGAGUAAUGUCCAAAACAUAGGUCAACCAAACCAAUGGUUCAGAUUCCAGACGAGGAGCAUAUCCAAGGGAAAAGAUAAAAGGAUAAGAUAAUAUCAGUAAAUAUGGGAAGGCAGUAAUUUUUUUUUUUUUUUUUUUUUUUGCUGUCAUAUUCUUCUUGCAUUUUCUUGUCCUUGUGCAAUGACACACCAUUUAUGGCACCCCCACGUUCUUGUUCUCUUCUGCUUUAAAUAUCACCACCACACCACUCCCCCCUUCACAUUCACUGUAUUCUCCAUUGAAAAGAGGGAACCUUUAUCUCCCCAUUCUGAAACUCAAAAAAAAAAUAAGAGAUUGAUUAGAUUAAUGAUGAGGAAGUUGGGCAUAACUUUACUCAUAAUCCUUGUCAUCCACCAAAACUGCUUUCAUUUCAGAGUGAAAGCAAGUAGUGAUGGGUUCAUCAGAACCAGAGGAAUCCAGUUCUCUCUCAAUGGCUACCCUUUCUAUGCCAAUGGCUUCAAUGCCUAUUGGCUGAUGUACAUGGCUUCUGACCCUUCUCAGAGGCACAGAGUCUCUGAUGCCUUUAGAGAAGCCUCCAGCCAUGGCCUCACUCUUGCAAGAACUUGGGCUUUCAGUGAUGGUGGCUACAAACCUCUCCAGUAUGCUCCUGGCUCUUACAAUGAAGACAUGUUCAAGGGAUUGGAUUUUGUGAUAGCUGAGGCAAAGAAGUAUGGGAUGAAGGUGAUUUUAAGCUUGGCUAAUAAUUAUGACAGCUUUGGAGGGAAGAAGCAGUAUGUGGAGUGGGCUAGAAAGCAGGGGCAGCCCUUGUCAUCUGAAGAUGAUUUCUUUAGAAACUCUCUUGUGAAGGCCUACUACAAAAACCAUAUAAAGGUAACAUCACUGUUCACUGGAAGAAAAAAAAACCAAUUUUGCUCCUACUUCCCAAAAAGUGGACUGAGACAACAUUGAGUCCACGGUCAUAAAGUUUUUUUUUUUGAAAUCAUCCCAAAUCGAUUCAAUAUGAAUGAAUCAAUCUAGUACUCCAUAAUAAAUAUGGGAUAACCCC